UUUAUCUUUUUUUCUUUUAUGAUUUAAUAUGCAGUUCAGCCCAUGUCAGUCUCAGCAAUUCCAGCAUCACCAUUAGGGGGGGAUCAAUUGUGUGAAAAUGGAUUUGAAUGUGUGAAAAUUCUCCCUGCCUCCAAUGAUGCCCAUGGAGGAGUUAUUGUAGACUUGAAGGAGUCUAUGGACUCUGAAGUUUUUGCUACUUUGCUUAGAUCUUCACUUUUACAAUGGAAGCAACAGGGAAAAGAUGGUGUUUGGAUCAAGUUACCUAUAGAGCUUGUCAACCUUGUCGAAACUGCAGUUAAGGAGGGUUUCUGGUACCACCAUGCUGAGCCAAGCUAUCUAAUGCUAGUUUACUGGAUUCCUAAAACUGGUUGCACAAUCCCUCCAAAUGCUUCCCAUCGUGUAGCAGUUGCUGCUAUUGUUUUAAAUGAUAAGAAAGAGGUACUUGUAGUUCAGGAAAAAAGAGGUAGAUUCCAUGGGAUUGGCGUUUGGAAGCUACCUACUGGAGUAGUUGAUGUGGGUGAGGAGAUUUUUGCAGCAGCUAUUAGAGAAGUAAAAGAAGAGACAGGAGUUGAUACAGAAUUUGUGGAAGUACUAGCAUUCGAACAUGCACACAAUUCAUUCUUUGGGAAAUCAGAUAUAUCUUUUCUUUGCAUGCUGCGUCCUCUUUCUUUUGAUAUCAAAAAGCAAGAACUGGAAAUUGAGGCAGCUCAGUGGAUGCCGUUCGAAGAAUUUGCUCUUCAACCUUUUAAUCAGAAGCACGAGCCCUUCAAGUACAUAAUUGAAUUAUGUUUGGCAAAGUUGGAAAGGGUCUAUACUGGAUUCUCUCCACGACCUGUCUCAUCAUAUUUCGUGGAGGACUUGAAUUAUCUAUAUUUGAAUAGCCAUGACUUGGACAAGUCUUCAAAGUCAGUCUUGGACCUGAGUCAAAGUUGAAUUUUGAUACUUCUUUCUUGUAGACUGUUUGUUGUACGUCAAUUUCUCCUUAUAUCAUGAUUUAUACGUGAGCAAGGUUAUAUUUAUAAAUUUUUUAUUUACAAACUCUUAUAAAUUAUACUAUGUAACACGGGUAGUACAUACUACUUAAGCAUAUACUACUUAAGCAUAUACUACCCGUAGUACAUAGUAUAAUUUAAAAAGUUUGUAAACAAAAAGUUUGUAAAUAUAACCUACCCCUUUAUAUGUUAUUUAGAUUUUGAGCAAAACUCACAUACUUGUGAGACUUGGUACCGAAGUUCAUCAUGAUUAAUUUUUACGCAAAACUUAGAAUGAUGUGAGAUUGAUAUUGAUGUUCAAAGAUGAUGACUAAGCUUCUUUCUUCG